AUGGUUGCCGUCCAUUGUCAUGCAGGACUAGGACGAACAGGAUUUGUUAUUUGUAGUUAUUUGGUGUAUGAACAUCGUAUGACUGCUCACGAAUCAGUUCACUAUAUAAGGGCAAAACGUCCGGGAAGUGUUCAAAUGUCAAAACAAAUAGAAAUUGUCGAAGAGCUUGAACGAUUUAUAAUAUCAAAACGGCGCGUGUUUACAGAAUGCGCCGAUGUUACAGAAACAUUGUCAUUUGAAGUUCAUCUUAAAAAUCAGCAAGUAUUUCUUCAUGGUCGCGAUGCACUAAUAUUUCGUCAUAUCCCAAGGAUUAUUUUUGUUUGUUGUGCACGAUUGGUAGAAUUAUGUACAGGCUAUAUAAUCGAUACAAUUUUAGUGACAGUAAAUCAACGUUACGGCACUAAACCAUUGUUCGUUAAAGAAAAUCUUAAAAUUUUAACAGAUUUAGAAAAGGCCACAUGGUUGGAUUUUGUACCAUCAUUUUUAUAUGAGAGAGAACGAUUAUCGAAUGAUAAUUUUGUAUCAGCACACGAUGUCAUUAAUGGACUUAUUUUAUCAACAGCAGAACAUCUAUUACCAUCGGAUCAAAAACAGAAAAUUCAAAACUGGAAACAUAGAAUUAACAAGACAAAUAACGGAAUCGAUGAAAUAUUUGAAGAAAAGGAUCCAACUAUUAUUGGAGCUAUCAUGUGGUCUUGGCUACGUUCUUUGAAGAUACAAUGUGGUGCUAUUGAAAUAUUAGCAAAAAUGUAUGCCUUUCUUCGGCCAUUUGCUGGUGAAAAAGAAGCGAUUCUAUUAUUAUUUGUUGUUAUUCAUAUUCUCACACAACUUUCAUUACCAAAUGAUCCCAUACUUCAUAAAUUGACAUCAAAUAAAAAAUUACAUGACUAUUUAAUAUCGAAACAAGCAGAUCAUUCUAAUAAAAAUCUUAAAACAGUUCUCAAAUAUAAGACGAGUUUAAGCGUUGAUCUUUUACAACGGAUAAGUAUAUUUUUUCAAAAAACAGCUGAUCAGUUUGAACAUCUAUCAAACAAUAACUUAUCAACAUAA